ACGCAUUACCUUGAAUCUGUUUCCAACAAUUUGGCUAAACAAAUUAACGUAUCGGAAAGUAUGGUCUCAAAGCUGGUAGAACUUCAUUUCUGACCCAACCACAGGUUAGUAGUUAUUUACUAUUGCUGUAUUUCUUUUUAAAAGAUGUUAUUGACAUGAAAUUUAAAAUAGCGACUAUUUCAAAAUAUCCAAAGUUGGCAUAGAUAUUGUCUUUUUUUCUUUCUCUCACAAAACAGUUCUUUUCUUCAUUUCAAUGUCAACUUGGGAAUCAAGAUUGCCACCCGAAGAGGUGAAAGCCUAUACAGAGUUUUUUAGGCUUGCUGCAAAAAGCCAACCAAAUAGAGUUACUGGUCUCGAGGCAGUUCAAUUUUUUGCUAAAAGUGGACUAUCCAAUGAACAAUUAUCAGAAAUAUGGGAGAAAGCAGACAAUGAUAAUGAAGGCUCUUUGUCACCCGAGAAAUUUGCCAUAGCCUUAAAAUUGAUUGCUUGUGCCCAACAUAAGAUCCAACCAACCGAGCCUGUAAUAGCUGUAGCUACGCCUUUACCAACCUUUGCUGGUAUUGAAAUGCCCAAAACAGCAUCAAGUAGUCUAGGCAAUCUACCAAGAGCAGCUAUCAGACCUGAAGAAAAGAAAAAAUACCAAGCAAUUUACCAAAACCAACACCCUUCUAUCAACGGUAUUCCAGCUGAGCAUUGUAAGGCUUUAUUUGCAAAGUCUGGAUUACCCAAUGCCCAAUUGAGUCAAAUAUGGAACCUGGCGGAUAUUCGAAAAUGUGGCUAUUUGGAUGAAACAGAGUUUGUCAUUGCAAUGCAUUAUAUUGCCAAACUAAUGGACAGGUCGAUCAACAAUUUACCGUCCAUCCUACCACCGGAUGUCUACUUGGCAGCUUCUACAUCAUCCGAAACACAUAUCUUGACGUCUUCACCUAAACCCAUUGCAUCAACCACAUCACCUUUAUUAAGGCAGCCAACCCUACACCAACAAUAUCAAACUCAACAGACUGAUCCAACCGGUAAUAGAUCAUUGUCUGGCGCUAUGCAGGCCUUGGAUAUGUCUAAUUCUCCUACCAGCUGGGCCGUAACAACCAAUGAAAAAGCACAAUAUGAUUCGUUUUUCAAUAAAUUGGAUAAACAACAUACGGGCCUUUUGAAAGGUUCAGACGCUGUUGAUUUUUUCAAAAACUCUAAGUUACCGGAAGCAGAAUUAGCCAAAAUUUGGGAUUUAGCUGAUAUUGGUAGUAAAGGAUCAUUAGACAUGAACGAAUUUGCGGUUGCAAUGCAUUUAAUUCAUAAAAGAUUAUCGGGUGAACCUUUACCGGUUGUGCUACCUAAAUCCUUAAUCCCACCAUCAAAAACUACCGUUUUACAAAACAAUUUGGCUGCAUCAACGAUAAUGUCAUCUCCAUCACAACAAUAUCAGAUGAACAAUUUUAUGUCAUCUCCAUUGAAUAAUAUAGCAACAUGCGAUAUUGUACAAACAUCACCACAACAGCGGCAAGAACCUUCAGCCAUGACUACUUCCCAAGUUUCUGCUGAGAAUGAUUUACUAGGCGAUUUCGGCAACGACGACCAGAUCGCCGAAGAAACAAAAAAUGUCAACCUAAUUCAAAAUCAAAUUACAUCUAUGAAACGAUCUACUGUGGAUCUAAAAGCGCAAUAUAAGCAUGCGAAGGAAUCGCUUCAAUCAUUACAACAAAAUCAAGCAGGCAUAAAGGAUCAACUCGCUUCUGUCCAACAGCAAACAAAGGAGUCUGAGGAUGCCCUCCAAGCGCUAAAAGCGCAAGUGGAAGAAGAACAGCCCACUUGGAUCACCAUCCAAACGGAACUUACAGCAGCCGAAACAGAAUUACAGCAGGCACAAGAUCAGUUAGCUCAGCUUAAACAAGAAUAUAAAGAGGGUCAAGAGGAAAACGAAAAACUAAGACGAAGUGUGCAUAAUAUUCAAAUGGAAACAAUGCGCUUAGUAAAAGAAUUGGAUGAACUACAUGCUUUAAAUAAACAGAGGCAAGAAAAAGCUGCUGCUCGUCGUAAGGCGAAAGAAGAAAAGGAGAGGAUGGCAAGAUUGAAGCAACAGCAGGAAGAAGAAGAGCGACGCAAACAAUUAGAGGAAGAAGAGCGACGCAAACAGUUGGAAGAAGAAGAAGAGCGACGCAAACAGUUGGAAGAAGAAGAAGAGCGACGCAAACAGUUAGAGGAAGAAGAGCGACGCAAACAGUUGGAAGAAGAAGAAGAGCGACGCAAACAGUUAGAGGAAGAAGAGCGACGCAAACAGUUGGAAGAAGAAGAAGAGCGACGCAAACAGUUAGAGGAAGAAGAGCGACGCAAACAGUUAGAGGAAGAAGAGCGACGCAAACAGUUAGAAGAAGAAGAAGAUCGACGCAAACAGUUAGAGGAAGAAGAGCGACGUAAACAGCAGGAAGAAGAAGAGCGACGCAAACAGUUAGAGGAAGAAGAGCGACGCAAACAGUUAGAAGAAGAAGAAGAUCGACGCAAACAGUUAGAGGAAGAAGAGCGACGCAAACAGUUAGAAGAAGAAGAAGAUCGACGCAAACAGUUAGAGGAAGAAGAGCGACGUAAACAGCAGGAAGAAGAAGAGCGACGCAAACAGUUAGAAGAAGAAGAAAGGGAACGUCAGAGAUUGGAAAAUGAGGAAGCUGCCAGGCAAGCAGAAGAAGCUCGACAAGCAGAAGAAGCCAGACAGGUUGAAAAAGCUAGAAAGGUAGAAGAGGUCAAAUCACCCGUAACAUCUCUCUUAAGCAAAGAUACUACCAACGCAGAUUAUAUUCAAGCAAAAGAACGUUCCAUUGAAGAUGUCCCAAAAAAUAUGCAUACGGGAAUGGACUCAAUGACUGGGGAUAUUGACAACGGACAAGUCACACCUGAACAUCUAGCUCAAGCCCAGAAUGCUGGAGUUCAGAGCAAGGACACUCGUGAUAUUAAUACUGAAGCAAAUAAAAAUGCAGAAAUUAUAGUCAACGAUGAAUUGGAAAAACUAGGUACACCUUCAAAUGAUGUACACCCUAAUGACGUAGCUGCACUCAGCGCUGUUCUCGGGCCUAAUAGUAUUUUAAAUGUUAUAACCGAUAUUGAUAACCAAGGGAAAGUUGAUAAAAGUCUAAAUGUUAAAAAUGGAAAUGAAGAUAUUUUCGACACGCAACUAGAAAAAGAAGAAGAAACCGAUAUGAAAGUAAGACUUUUCCAUCGUGCUCAACAUAUGGAAUUUAAAAACUUUAACUUUCUUCGUUUUUAGGAGAUUCCAGGCGUUAUUGAGAAGAAAGAAGAGGUUACACAACCAGAAGAGCAGACUCCUUUAACUGAAUCAAACAAUUUGGGUGUUUCUGACGUUGCUGACCUCGCUUUAAUGAAAAGGUUAAGUCAAGAGGAGUUUACGGACGCAACGGAAAGCACAGAAGAUUUCUUUGAUGCGGUCUCAACACCUAUUUUGCGCAGCG